AUCAACUCCAUCAUUGCCUCACGAUAAUCCCUUACUGAGUGUGGGCACACCACAGAUUCUCACAAGAACACUCCAAAGCUAUGAUGAAUGAUUGGCUACUGCUUGCUCUGCUCUGCGAUGGACGCGAACGCCUGGGAUCCCUCGAGCACCCCCGUGGUCUCUGAUUUCGACUAUUUCCGAUGGCAGUUGUGGACUCCUCCCCCUUCGGACCAAAGCUCUCCCGGGCCCGUCGUUCAAGAGCAAAACUACGCGCAAAUGACGGUAUCCUCGACAUUUGGGCCAGAAGCCGAGUUCUUGUCUCAGACACCAGACGGUGACUGCGCAUCGGCUCCGGACAUCGUCUUGCGAACAUCUGACGGAGUCAAUUUCUAUGUCCACUCGGACAAGAUCGACGUGGAGAGCCACCGCCUGUCCGGCCACAUAACGAGCAUCCAUCACAGAGAUGGGCCCAGCGUCGUCGACGUCCCCGAGACUUCCACGGUCCUGAACGUCAUCCUGCAUGCUCUUUAUGGGAUCUCCUGCGCGCAAUACUCUCCGUCCGUGGACGUACUUGUUGAAGCUGUGGACUCGAUGCUGAGCUAUGGGAUGGAUCCGCAGUCGUUUAUUCUCCCCUCCACUACGCUGUACUCCAUGCUCCUCUCUCAAGCGCCGCUGUCUCCAUUGCGCGUGUACACUCUGGCCGCACGAUAUGACAUCAUGGAGCUUGCUGUUCCCACCUCUUCACAUCUGCUCAGCUUCCAGCUCUCGGCGCUGACAGAUGCCGACGUGGAGGAGAUGGGGCCCGUGUAUCUCAAACGCCUCAUGUUCAUGCAUAACGGAAGAAUCGAUGCCCUGCGGCGUGCUCUGAUGCCACCGCCGUAUCCCCACCCGCCCACGUCCGAAUGCAGCUUUGCGAACCAGAAGAGUCUGACCAGGGCAUGGACGAUGGCGGCGGCAUAUCUGGCAUGGGACAUACGACCAGAUAUGUCCACACAUACCAUCGAAGCAUCGCUCCGCCCGCUCUCGAAUCUUCUCCCGUGUAACUUGUGCAAACGGGCCCUGAAUGAUCGGAUAAAGAGCGUUGUUAUCCAGUGGUCGCUUGUCAAGGUGUGUUCCCCUGCAGUCUCGUUGAGCAGUGUCGCCGAUGCGCGCUCCAGCCCACAAUCUGAACCAAAAUGA